AUGGCUAUGGACAAUGAAAAAGCGAGUAACAUAGCCGCCUCGAGACAAAGACGGAACUUGUUCAAGAAAGCUGCGGAGCUUGCGACACUAUCCGGUGCACGAGUCGCCAUCGUUUCCAUCUCCAAGAAAGGGAAAGUUUUUUCGUUUCCAGGUUCGGAUUCCGUUAUUGAUGUUUACUACGAAUUAAAGGAAUCAUCUCAUUCCAACAUGAGACCGAUGAUUUCAAAGAAAAGGCCGAGUAUGGACAGUGUAGACGAUGAUGCGACUAGGAUUGAGAUGAUUUCGAAAAGAAGGCGAAGUAUGGAAAGAGCUGGGGAGGAUGGUGUGAUUGAUAAGAAUGAAGAGUUGAAGAGCAAUGUAGCGGCGGCAAGGGCAAGCACGAAUCAGUCUUUGCUUGAUCUAACCUAA